AUGGAUAUGGUACAAUUUAGGCUUUGCGUGACUCCAGCAAAAUCUCCACCAGAACAUAAUUUCAUCGCCUGUCCAAUGAUGUACGGAGGAAGUGGUCCUCUCGAUGGUAUGAGCGGCUACAUGGCUCCGUUGUUGACCGAGAUUCCCCGACACGAAAUCAUGCCGAAUCGAGUGUUUGUUUCCGGAUUUGGGCUUGAGACAACGGAAAGUGAGUUACGACAACUCUUCGAGUGUGCCGGCAAAGUAAAAGAAGCCAAAAUCAUCAAGUCAUUGGAUGGAUUAUCAAAAGGAUACGCGUUUGUCACUUACGAGACUGAAGCAGAUGCAGAAAAUGGAAGAAGAAUUCCCACACAAGAUUUGGAGCUGAAUGGACGCUUUUUGAAGGUUGCACCUGCUUACAGGAAAAUCAACACACCAAGAAUUGAAGACUAUGCAAUCGCUACACCAAAUGGUAUCAUCUCUCCAACGCAGGGAUACGGCUACGCUUUUCCGCAACCUGUGCCAUUUUAUCUCAUCGGAGUUCCUCAGCCGCCACCAUUUGCGUAUGUGAUGGAACGCCAAAGAACUCAAUCUGCAAGACAGCCGGGAAAGGAUACAUGGUCUACUGAUCAGGCCUCGCCUAUGAGCACUCCAGCGAACUCUCCAUGUAGUCCAAAUAAUGUUUUGGCGCCUCCGUCAACGCCCCUCUCGCCGCCGAUGUACAACGGAGGAUCUUACUACUUGGGAAUGCCGGGGACACCGAUGAGUGUAUCGCCAAAUCAAGCUUCAUAUGGGCAUUUUUCUCUCCCAUCCUCAAUCUUUCCAUCUUCCCUUAUGUCGCCGGCGUCCAUUGACGCAACUAAACAAGGACAACAAACGCAUGAGAACAACAACCACAAUUAUAAUCGGGGCUCUCAUUUCUUCUACAAGGGAAACACGCCAGUGUCCAAAAGACAGCCUAUUCAAACGCUUUUAAAUAUGAACCUUCAGUCAACACACCCAUUGCAGGAGGUUACCAACGACUCGGACUAUGCCCAGCGUCAAGGAGUUCAACAUCAGUCUUUUAUGAGAAACAUGAAGCUCAGACGACAUAAUAUUGUAGGAAAGCUCGAUAACAAGUCAAUGACGCCUCCAGCCACACCAAAGCGUGAGCGUGAA